UUGAGUGGGAAUCCCAAAGCAGUUGGACAGGCAAGAAAAGGACCUUUUCAUUAAGGAUUAAAAUGUAUAGGCCAGCAGGGGGGCCGUCUACUUCAAGAUUUCUGAAUCCAUGGGUAGUGUUUUUCAUUGUCAUCGCAGCGGUGGCGAUCCUAGCAGUGACUAUAGCUCUGCUUGUUUACUUUUUAGCUUUUGGUCAAAAAUCUUACUUCUACAGAAGCAGCUUUCAAAUCCUAAAUGUUGAAUAUAAUGAUCAGUUGGAUUCACCAGGUACACAGGAAAACAGGGCUUUGUGUGAAAGAAUCGAAUCUCUAAUUACUAAAACAUUCAAAGAAUCAAGCUUAAGAAAUCAAUUCAUCAAAGCUCAUGUUGUCAAACUGAGGCAAGGUGAUGGUGGUGUGAUAGCAGAUACUGUCAUGAAAUUUCGAUUCCCUAGAAAUAACAAUGGAGCAAUAAUGAAAAACAGAAUUAAGUCCAUUUUAGGCCAAAUGCUGAAUAACUCUGGAAACUUGGAAAUAAAUCCUCCAACUGAGAUAACAUGCAAAUACUUUCAUUGUCCCCGCUUGGAAAAGAGAGGUAAUUGCCCAGUCACCAUGUGGGGCAGUCAGAAUUCAAACUUAAAUCUCUCGUGUUCAAAAAAUGAAGAAGGCUCCCCCGCCACGACCCUGCAGCACAUUAAUGCCUUUUUCUCAUUAGUAUGUGGGGCACGUCCAGACCUAAUAUCAUUGUCUGAGGAGAGAGUCACUGGAAGCACUCAGGCUCAGGAGGGAGACUGGCCGUGGCAAGUCAGUCUACGGGUCAAUAAUGGCCACCACUGUGGAGGCGUCCUGAUCAGUAACACAUGGAUCCUGACAGCAGCUCACUGCUUCAGAAGCUACUCUGAUCCUCGUCAAUGGACUGCCACAUUUGGUAUUUACACAGCAUCUCCUCUACUGAGAAAAACAGUAAGACGUAUUAUAAUCCAUAACAAUUAUACACCUAUAACUCAUGAAAAUGAUAUUGCUGCUGUGCAACUUGACAGCAGUGUCGACUUUACCAGAAAUAUCCAUACAGUGUGUCUCCCAGAGGCUACCCAGAAUAUUCUACCUGGUUCUACUGCUUAUGUAACAGGAUGGGGAGCUCUAGAAUAUGGUGGCAACACGGUUACAGAUCUAAGGCAAGGACAGGUCAGAAUAAUAAGUAAUGAUGUAUGCAAUGCACCAGCUAGUUAUAAUGGAGCUAUCUUGUCUGGAAUGCUGUGUGCUGGAACACUUCAAGGCAAUAUGGUGGAUGCAUGCCAGGGUGACUCAGGUGGCCCACUGGUACAAGAAGACUCACGGCAGCUUUGGUUCCUCGUGGGGAUAGUAAGCUGGGGAGACCAGUGUGGCCUGCCAGAUAAGCCAGGAGUAUACACUCGAGUGACAGCCUACCGUGACUGGAUUGCCCAACAAACUGGGGUCUAGUGCAAUAAAGGCAUCUCUGUUGCAAAGUC